CGGGGGGGACCCUGCUAAUUCCAUUGUGGAGCGGAGUCGGCGAUAUUUUUAACUGGAGGCGGCCGUGGGAGAGAAGCGCGGCGGAGGCGAAGGCUGGGCCGGGUGCGGCCGUGCGACGACGGAGGAUGCGACCGGCCGGCGGCUGUCGGGCGAGCGGGCGCUGAAGAGGAGAGAAAGGGAGGAGAGCGGGCCGGCCAGACAGGCAGCCGGCGGCGGGCGGGUGAGUGAAAAGCGAGCGGCCGCGCUGUCCGGCCGGCAGAGCAGCCGCCGCUGAGGGCCGCGCCUCCUCGGUCUCGCCCUUCCCGGUUGCGCCGCUGCUGCUGUCUCCGUCCCUCGAGGAAAGAGUAUGAAACUCGGCAGCGGCUUCUUGGGCGGCGGCGGCGGCUCCUCCAAAAGGGCGGCGAUGGAGCCCGCCUUCCCCCCCGGCAUGGUCAUGUUCAACCACCGCCUGCCGCCGGUCACCAGCUUCACCCGCCCGGCCGCGCCCCCCCAGCACUGUGGGCUGACGCCGGCCUCGGCCGCCGCCGCCUCCUCGUCUUCCUCCUCCGCCUCUUCCUCUUCUUCCUCUUCUACCGUGACUACCGCAACGGCCGCCGAGCCCCCCGCCCCGCCUUCCCACCCUCAGGGCAUGACUUUCAAGAAAGAACCGGCCGGGGGCUUCCCUCUCAGCGCCCCCUCCUCUUCCUCCUCCGCCUCUUCAUCGGUCUCUUCCUCCUCCUCCUCCCAGAGAAGCCCUUGGGGGUUCUUCCAGUCCCUGGUGAACAUCAAGCAAGAGAAGCCCAGCGACCAGGAGGAAGAGGAGCAUCACCACCACCACCACCACCUCCAUCACUAUGGAGGCCUGUUUGGAAUAGCCGGGGAGGAGCGGCACCCAGCUCUUGGUGGCGCUGCUGUCAGCGGAGGAGUGGACGGGGCGGGCCAGAGUGUCAUCCAGGACCUCAGCCUUUUCCACCACUUGCACCAUCAUCCUCACCGAGGAGAUUUGCUGCUGGGCAUCAGGAGUGGCAGUGAGAUGGGGCCUGCCUGUUUGGAUGAGCCCAAGCAUGAUGCCCAGGCCAGGAAGAUGAAGAGGCCAAAGUCGGAAUCUCAGGGAAUCAAAGCCAAGCGGAAGCCGAGUGCAUCAUCCAAGCCCCUUGUGGCUGGAGAUGGAGAAGCCGCCAUGCUGUCCCCUAGCCAGAAACCUCAUGUCUGUGAACACUGCAGUGCUGCUUUUAGGAGCUCUUAUCAUCUGCGCAGGCACGUGCUUAUCCAUACUGGCGAGAGGCCUUUCCAGUGUAGCCAGUGCAGCAUGGGUUUCAUUCAGAAGUAUUUGCUACAGAGACACGAAAAGAUCCACAGCAGGGAGAAACCAUUUGGGUGCGACCAGUGCAGUAUGAAGUUCAUCCAGAAGUAUCACAUGGAGAGACACAAGAGGACGCACAGCGGAGAAAAGCCAUACAAAUGUGAAACCUGUCAGCAGUAUUUUUCAAGAACUGAUAGACUCUUGAAGCACAGACGUACGUGCGGAGAAGCCAUAGGGAAAGCAGGUGCUGGAUUGGAUCCUGGGCCAUCAAACCAUAGCAUGGGCAACUUGUCUGUGUUGUCUCAGGGAAAUACAGGUUCAUCAAGGAGAAAAAGCAAAGCAAAAAGUGUAUCUACUGAAAACAAAGAACACAAACCUUGUCAUAAAAUAUCUGAGUCUCAGAUUGCAUCUAAUGUGACCUUGCAGAAUUAUGCGGUGGAGAUUCCUAUAGUGUCUUCCAGUGGUGGUUUAAUUGGCCCUGGGAUAGAAGAGCUGCAGAAAAAGGUGCCAAAAUUAGUGUUUAAAAAAGGAAACAGGAAAGGUACAGACAAGAGUUAUCUUAAUUUUGUGUCACCAUUACCAGACCUUCUUGGUCAGAAACAGUUGUCAGGAAAACCAAGUGGCUCUCUUGGCUUAGUUGCAAAUACCAGUAUAGAUGCUAUUGGUCUUCUCCAGGCUGCAGGUGGUAAACCAGGUCAAAUAGGUAGCAAUUAUGAUGAUGCCAUGCAAUUUUCAAAGAAAAGAAGAUAUUUACAAACUGCCAGCAGUAACAGUGCCUUUUCUAUAAAUGUUGGGCAUAUGGCCUCCCAACCGUCUGUUAUUCAGUCUGCAGGUGUCAGUGUUAUGGACAGUGAAACCCCAUUAUCUCUUAUUGACUCAUCAUCUCUAAAUGCUGACAUCAAAUCUUGUCAUGACAAAUCUGGUAUUCCUGAUGAAGUCUUGCAAAGUCUUCUAGAGCAGUACUCUCACAAGUCAGAAGGACAGAAAGAAGAUCCCUUCAGCAUCACUGAACAGCGAGUGGACUUGCAUGCCUCAGGAGAACAUACAGAGAUGGUUCAAGAAGAGAACCUGAGUCCCAGCUCUCAAACUUCAAGUGACAAAGCAAGCAUGUUGCAAGAAUACUCAAAAUACCUCCAGCAGGCUUUUGAAAGAACAACCAAUAGCACUGGUUUUGCUUUUGGACCUAGCUUCCAAUUUGUAAGUUUGUCUUCAAGCCUUCAUAACCAUACUUUGUUUCAAGACAAACAAAUAUACACUACAUCUCCACUUGAGUGUGGUUUCAGCCAAUCUGUUACCUCAGUGUUGCCAUCUGCAUUGCCAAAGCCUCCUUUUGGGAUGUUGCUCGGAUCUCAGCCUGGUUUUUAUUUAUCUGCUUUGGAGGCAACCCAUCAACAGUUGACUCCUUCACAAGAACUAGAUGAUCUGAUAGACUCUCAGAAAAACAUAGAUGCGUCAUCAGGCUAUCAGUCUACACCUCAAAAGUUGAAUAGCCAGAAGGAACAAAAAAACUUGGAAUCUUCAACAAGCUUUCCAAUACCAUCUCAGGAGCUAGCUAACCAGAUAGAUCCUCAGAAGGACCUAGAGCAUAGAGCAACAUACCAGAUAGAGACCUUUGCACAAGCAUUUGGUUCUCAGUUUAAGACGGGCAGCAGGGUGCCAAUGACUUUUAUUGCUAACUCUAAUGGGGAAGUGGACCAUAGAGUAAGGACUUCAGUAUCAGAUUUCUCAGGGUAUACAAAUAUAAUGUCUGAUGUAAGUGAGCCAUGUAGUACAAGAGUAAAGACCCCAACUAGCCAAAGUUAUCGGUAAGGUUCCAAGGGUGGCUAGGCUUUGGGGUGGUCUUAACGUGUUUCUUUUAUUUUGAUAACACUGCCAUUGGAAUGUUUCUACAUGAUCCUAAUACAAAAUAAUGUAACACGCCCUUUCAAUGCAACUUUUCAUAUUUAGUUGGUGUUAAUGUAAUUUUAGAUCAGUUUAUAUUACGGUUUUUAAUCAGAUCAAUAGACUUAAUAGUUUGCAUUUUUUGUGUUCAUGUGACAGUGUUUAGCAAUCAAACUUACGUAUUUAGAUUGUCAGGGAAUAGCCCAAAAGUUGAAAAUGCAAAAACAAAAAAAGAAAAAAAACUUUGUUCCUAGGAUUAAGGUUUGUUUUAAUUGCUUUACUCUCAGGAAAAUGUAAUGAAGAAAGGAGAUUCUGUGCAUAAGUGUACUGGAAUUUCCAAUUUACAAAUAAGUGGAAAAACUAUUUCACCAUUUAAGAAAGGGAUCUAUGACAUUAUAAAUUGCUGUCGCAUCUCUAGGUGAUACGAAACUCUGAGAACAUUGCUACCUACAGCUUGUUACAGUUGUUGAUGUCCUUUUUUUCUUCCAGAUGAUGAUAGUCAUUCCAGAGUGGUGGGUAGAUAUUCUCAGAUCCUUGGUAUAAACCUGGAAUGAUAGCUUUAAUUCAACCAAUAAUGUCCACUCCAGUUUUUUUUUCUGAAUACUGUAAUUCUAUAAAGAGAUUUUAGUAGCAGAAUCCACAAAAUUAAUUUUAAAGUUACAAUUUAGUGUCAUUGGAAUGCCAACUAAAAUUAGUCAUAAUUUAUAUACUUUUUUGGAUGAAUUAUUUAUUAUACAUGGUUGAAAAAUACCCUUUCCCUAAUUGGUCUUGUGUCCUUUUCUUCCCCAUUAUCUAAAUAUUCCUUAGCAUCUUAGGACUUUCACCUUUAUCAGCUGUUAUUUUUUCCCACCAAGCGCAUCUUUCAUGUUCUGCAGUCUCUUCCUCUUCCUUUUAGUUUAACAGCUAGAAUUUUAGGAGAUAAACAUUCCAGAAGGUUACAUAACUUAUGUGUUUUGUGAUGUCUUGUGGCAUCACAGUUGAACAAUAAAUUUCCCUAAAGUAAAUCUUCUUUUACUUUAGAAGGCCAUAAAGGUUUCCAUAUACUAUACCAUAAAACUAACAUACUCAUUUGUACAUAAAGAGGGCCCCUAAUCUGCACCAAGAAUUACUAACAUGUCCACAUGCAGUCUUUUUGUUUUGUUAAGAUUAUGUGUGGUUGUUGGGAUGUGCAGAACAACAUUUUGGAGUCUUGGGCCUAGACUCUGUUCUAUGCAGAGUUUGGAUAUAUGAACUAUUUGACCAACGUCUAUAUGGUUUAUUGUCACCAGAAUCUUUUCAAAGAAUUGUUGCUCAAAUUGAUGUAUAUUUUGUGGUACAUUAUUUAUGAUAUGUGAACCUGGAUUAAAGCCUGUGGAGCAAUGGAAACCUACUAGGAAAAAAUUAAUGGUUAUUUUAAAACGGUUAAAAACCAGUUGCACUGCCCAGAACCACUUUCUUUUUUUUUGCAUCUGCAUCUUCCCCUCUUGCUUAGUUUUUUAAAUGCAAUUUUGGUGACGUUUAUGAAGAUUUUCCUUUUUUUAAAAAAUGUUAUUUUGGUGAUAUUUCUGUCUCGUGUACUAAAGGCAGAAAAGUACCAGUGGUUGUUUGCAGUCUUAUUGUGUAAUUGGCCUAUUGCAGGCUUCCAUGUAUAAUAAAGUAAUUAACAUUGUACAAGUGUAAAACACUUCUGUUACAAAGAUGGUGUUACAAGAACUAUGAAAUUUUUAAAAUGGUUACAAAUGUUAAACAUACCUGUUCUUUCUCUGUCCUUGCCCACCAAAUGAAUAGUCACCUUUUUACUAAUGCAGAAUUAAUUAACUCCAACUUCAGUAUAUCCACUUGAUUAUGUAUUUCCCGUUCUUCAAAUUAGUGCUGUGAAUUUCCCCUGCCAUCUAGGUAUAGAGCACAAUUUGUCACCAAGGGAUGGAGUGUACCUUAACCACUGUGUAAUUCUAUUUUUUUUCUUUGGGGGGGGUGAGUGUGUUCCACAGCAGUUAUAAUUUACUUUCUUUAUAUUGUGUGUACUGGAUAGCGUGUAUGCUCUGGGAUUGUUUGCUUUAGACUGUGACCAAUUUUAAAUUUUUAUUCAAAAAAAUAUAAAGAAACAAUGAUGCUGUUGUAUUACACCUCUGACGGUUUUGUCAAAAAAAUUCCCUAAAAUGUUUAAAACUAAAUCGCUGGAACAAUAGAAUAACUUGCUUGCUUUUAAAGGUAUUUUUAUUG